CCGUGCCGAAAACACGGCUCCAACGUAUCCGCUGGCGCGCGUUCGGGGAUGCCUCCCGUUCAGUGAUGUUGAAACGCGACAUUCUCUUUAGCGUGUACCCCGAAAAAUGGGAAAAGAAAACAGGAGCAGUUUGGUGUCCUCUUGAGCUGCGUAAAACAACAGUGCUCUAAUGCCAGGGAAAACACAGAGGGGGUGGUUUUCGAUGCGAAACGAAUAAAUCCGUCAUCGGGCAACCGGUGCGGUAGCACAGGGUGCAAAGCUUUUCAAAACAAUAUGUUGCAGACACUGGAAACAAUAAGACAACGUUUGUGUGCGGGUUUCCGAUGACACUGUAAGCUCGACGACAAGGAAUCAGUGAAGUUUCAACAGGAAGCCGCAUCUUCUCAUGAAGAUGACUGCACGCGACGUCGUUUAAGUUGUAGUCUAACUAGUGUCCAGUAGCUGAAGAAGUGCGUGUCGAUUUCGGAGAGCACAAGUAAUUGUGGACAGCCAGAGAUUUAAAUCGGAAGCGGUUAAGGGAAGUUGUUCGUGUAGAAUUAUGCGCGACGGUUUAGUGUGUGUAUAAAUAUUCGGUGAACUGUUGAGAAGAAUAGGGAACAGGUUGAAGCACGGGAAUCCGAAUUAGGUACACCAUGUUGCAGAGGAGCUUUCAAGCUGCGGUCUACUUUUUUCUUCGAGUCCCGGAUAAUGCUUGCAAAACAGAAGCUAUUUUAUGAGAGAAGAGCGAUAAUCGAGAAUGGGAGCUUUAUGAUGUCCGGAGAUGCGGAAACUGGUGAGCAGAAGUCAUCGUCGAUGGACCGGGGAUAAGCACCAUGGAAAAUCAAACGGGCAAUUACUAUGGAGAUAUUUAUCAAUUGAAUCAUACUGUGUCGACAAACGAUCAGGACUCGCAGGUGGAAUAUUACCUGCCGAAAUGGACAGACCUCGUUUUAGCUGGACUAUUCACCAUGUUGAUCAUCGUUACUAUAGUAGGCAACACCCUAGUAAUUGCCGCUGUGAUAACAACUAGACGCCUAAGGUCCGUUACUAAUUGUUUCGUAUCCAGUCUGGCCGCUGCGGAUUUAUUGGUUGGCUUGGCCGUCAUGCCACCGGCAGUAUUACUACAGCUCACAGGUGGUACUUGGGAGUUGGGCGAAGUGCUCUGCGACUUUUGGGUUUCCCUCGACGUUCUCCUCUGUACUGCCAGUAUACUAUCGUUAUGCGCCAUAUCCAUAGACAGGUAUCUAGCCAUAACUCAACCACUAAUAUAUAGCCGACGACGUCGAAGUAAAAGACUGGCUGGUCUGAUGAUUGUAGCGGUCUGGGUCCUAGCCGGUGCUAUAACCAGCCCACCUCUUCUGGGGUGCUUUCCGCGUGCAACAAAUCGCGACACUAAAAAAUGCUCGUACAAUAUGGACUCCUCAUACGUGAUAUUCUCCGCGAUGGGAUCCUUUUUUCUACCGAUGCUGGUAAUGCUUUACGUUUACGGGAGAAUAUCUUGCUUGAUCGCAAGCCGCCACAGAAACCUAGAAGCUACCGGCAACGAAAACAUGCAGCCACGAAAAAAGAUUUUGAUCGAACGGGCGAAGAGUAUUAGAAUACGAAGGGCUGAAUGCGUGACGAAUACGAUGAGCUGCGACAGGACGUCCGAGGAAGCAGAGCCCGCGACCACCAGCAAAAAGUCCGGGAUCGUACGUAGUCAUCAGCAGAGUUGCAUUAACAGAGCGGUCAAAGAGACAAAAACUGCUGGCACUUUAGCAGUGGUCGUAGGUGGAUUCGUGGCGUGUUGGUUACCGUUUUUCAUCCUCUAUCUGGCCACCCCUUUCGUACCCAUGAACCCGCCGGAUGUACUUAUGACAGCGUUAACGUGGCUAGGGUGGAUUAAUUCGGCUAUAAAUCCAUUCAUCUAUGCCUUUUACUCGGCCGACUUCAGAUUAGCAUUCUGGCGACUCACGUGUCGAAAGUGCUUCAAAAGCAGAACCAACUUGGAACGCAGUAAUCGAAAACUGCCGGUUCCUACGAAUGGGAAGAAAGAAACCUCGAGGACGUGAAGACCAACAAGCGAAAAUCCUUCGACCACUGUGAUUGAGUUCGAGGCUACUGUGAUUUAUCUAUGAUCUAGCGCAUACAAACGGUUUUUGGCAUUCGAGCAUUGCGACUGUUCCUCAGCCCUUAACACGACACAUUAUUUUAAUGACUGCAGACGUUAUACGUAGAACAAGAGAAAUAUUCUUUGACAGAAUAUCUGGUUUGUUUUUGUUUCAUAGUAAUAACCUUUCAAACUUUAUGAAAGAUUUUUAUCUCUGAUCAUUACAUGCAUUCAUAAGAUAUUGUAAUUUCAUAAGUUAAUUGAACAGAAAUGAAGUCAUACUAACAAUAAAUUUUGCUACAUUUUGUGCACAAAUAUUGUUUAAUUAGGUAUUCUUUCAACUUAAAAUUUUAUGAUUAUUUUUACUUCAAAAUAAACGAUAAAAGAGAAGGCUAGAUGAGAAAUGCGUAUCAAAUAUUUCUGGAGAGUUUUCUACGAUUUUCCUUAGUUAGAAUAUUUUAAAACACAUUUUUAAAAUGCAUUUUCGUAACCAAUUAAAAAGCCUGAGGUAAUGACUUCUUUAAGUGUUGCUUAACCAGCUGCAUUUAAUUUUUCAUUUUUAACGUUAUUGUGAUCUCUAGGAAUAUUUAAAUUUAAUAUGAAGAAUAUCCUUUGUAUAUAUUUAUUAUCACAGCGUAUUCGAGUCUCGAUUUCUUUAAUGUCUAAAAAAUUCUACAAGAAGUUAAGGAAAUACUUGCUCCAUUUAAUAUGAGUCUUACAGAACCACGUUUUUUAAGUUAUGUUGAAUCUUGGAUUAUACAACGAUUGCUAUGCAGGCUGUGGCAGUAAUAAUAGUAUAACUAGAUAUGAGAUGAUAAUUAAUCCCACUAGAUGUGGAAUGAUUAAAUUCAUUUAUUUAAUAUUUUAUUUCAUAUUUAUUAGAUAAACGUUUAUAAUUUAUUUUAAAAAUACAAUGUAACUAUCGCAAAAACUUAUAAUUCGAAUAUACUUUUCCUUCUGCUUACAUUUUAAUCCGAUUGAGAGCUAUCCACAGAUGAUAAUGUUCUCAAUGCACUAAGGUUUAAUCUAUAGCUAUAGCUAUACUACUAGAACAUUUACCCUUUCGAUUGUGCUCUGCUCCUGAUACGAUCAAGUAUUCUUCAAUUCUUUACGAGGAACGUAUUCAUUGUACGAGCAAAGGUUCCGGCCCAGGUCCCAUUUAGUUCCAAGACCAUUCCGAAAGAAAGAAUAUUUAACUUUUGGCUUAUAAAAUCGAGUGAAAGAAAUUUGGAUUAAAUUCAACAAACGUGAAAAUAUAUUAUUCAUUUCUUUUAAACAAAAAUAAGAUAUUCUUUUUCUUGAACACUAGAACUACCGAGCGCUUAAUACAAUUCAAUGUAAUCCUUAUAAUAAUUGUAACAAUGGAUUUCUUUUUCUUGCUUCAUAUAUGUAUUAUAGUGUUCAAGUAAAAUGAUUUAUUUUUAAGAUCAAUUUAAAUAUUCAGCAUUUUUAAGAUAUGAAUAUUUGUGAAAUGAGAAUACUGAAACCUGUAAUUUUGACGGGUGCAGUAGUUCUUAAUGUUAAUUAAUAUUAAAUACCUAAAGUAAAUAAAAGUCUACUAUAUAGACUCACUUUUUAAUAAUUUACUAUGUAUAAUAUAAUUUUGGUAAACAUGACUGAAGAGGAAAUCAUAAAAAUCGUCUAUUCUGAUGAUAUAAACAAUGUUUUAUUAUCAGUUUCGGCAAACAUCACUCUUUUACCGUAAUAACAACAAAAUAUAUAGCAAGUUUAAUAUUUUAUUUUCAAUAUAGAAAACAAAAGAAUUUAGAAUUUUGAAAAAAAAUUGGACCAUCAUCGAUUUGGUACUGUGAGGAAAUGAAUAUUUUAUCAGACCGAGAGCUGGACAUGAUUGGACCGUGAAUGGCCUGGUAGUGUGGAUGAAGCCUAACUGACCAUGUGGUCCACGGAAUUCGGGUUACACGCGUAACAUUUUCUGGCAAUCGUACGUUUAAUUAAAUAAUCUUUGCGGUCCGAGGGUAUCUCGAUUUUUUAAAAAAUUAUUAAAAAUAAUAAAAGAAUCUUCCGAGAUUUUUAUCAACAUUGGUAAAUUCAGUUACUUAUGGUUUAAUGUGUUGCCUUUAUUAUUUAUUUGAAAAUAUCUGAGAAAUAUUACAAUUGUACUUAAAUAUAAAAUAAUUAUAAUUAUAUACAUAUUAUAUGUACAUUCAAUAUAUUAUAAAGAAUCAUAAAAUUGAAUGUUAGAACCGUCUCGAUAAAGGACCGCAAAGGUUCGAUAAAUCUCCAUUUAUACUGAUAGAGAUAUUAAGAAAUGAAACCAGUACAAGUAGUAUAAUUUAAGAUUAAAAACAAUAUCUGCUGAAACGAAACACAAAUUGGUGGAUAAUGUAUACGAAGUACCAGUACGAUUACGAUAACGGUAACCGAUUAGUGAAGAGCAAAAUAAUACGCACAAUGGCAAUGGGAGAGUUUUAAACUGUUUUUAUGCGCUGGGCCUCCUGCAAUUUGUAUUGCAUUAACUUUUUUCACUCGAAGUAUUCUUCGCAGGCACUGCCAAAGUUUUGGCGUUGUACUCGAAGUGUGCUUCUCAUACACUCCAACAAUAUGCUGCACUGAAGGUCAAACUGUUUGAAUUUACAGUUAAACUUUAGUCGCACGUGAUUUCACGUUCCAUUGAUUUCGGUAUUUAGUCGUUGAUUUGACCGAUAAAAUUAAAAGGUUUACUGUUCACCAUGGUGAAGAAGUUCGAGUGCAAAAGGUUAAUUGCGAAAUGAACAUCGUGAAGCAUACGAACGACACAUCAGUACCAUUUACUCAAUGUAUUUACACACAUUAUUCCAAACUGAAGACAAGUAAACGAAUAAUUGAUACAUUAGACGAUGCGAGUAAGUGUAAUAUUUGGUAUACUUCAGUUUCGAAUGUAUUGUUUCUCUAUGACCUAUACUGUAAAAAGGAAACUCAUAACUGGAAAAUGACAUGUCAACUGUUGUCACUGAAUAAUAAAGUCUUGAUAUAAAAUUCUGGUGCACUAAUCGUUACGGAGUCACAAUUACAUUCACUCAUUGGAUGGAAGAGAAUAAUAAACAAACAAGAAAAUAAUUUA